UCCGAGCGGACAGCAACACGAAUUUCCUCCCUCCGAAGGGAUGCGCGAGUGCGGUGAAUUUUUUUUCUGAGUGGUGUUUAGACAUACAUACAUAUAAAUAGAUAUAUGUACACACACAUACAAAGGGCAAGCAUGUUACAUACAUAUGUACAUGUAUACUGACACAUAUAAAUAUAUUAGAUGGUGUGCGUGCGCGUGAAAAACCAGUGAAUAUACUCGAGCAGUAAAUACAUUUCUUGAAGAAAAAAAAUUAAAAAUUAAAUAACAAAAAAAAUUAUUCAUAAAAAAGUUAAUAUUUAAGCGCCAGUGUAUUAAAAAUGCGUGAGUAUUAAAAUAAAAUGUAAAAAUUGGUCAAAAAAUGUAUCUUUUGAUUGAGUGAAUAAAUACGCACAAGCUGCAUUGCUGGAAUUUGAGCGGAAAAUUUUCGAAAAUAGUUGGGGCUGUUGAAGAAAAAAGAAAGAUCACUGAGUCAAAAGUUAAAGAAAAAUUGUGAAUUUUUGAAAAAAAAUAAAAUAAAAAAAAGAAAGAAAUGUGAAGUCAAAAAAUUAAAACAAAAAAACAUAGAAAUAUUUAAAUACAAAUUGAAGUUGUGUAAACAAUUUUGAAAAUUUUCCUCAACACAUUGAAGUGAUAGUGGUAAAGUGUAGAUGUGCGUGGUGCCAUAAAAAUUGCAAUUGUGUGGGAGCAGGUGCAAGGGAUAGGGGAGAAGUACACAGAGAGCACAAGGCGCACACUCAGGACAGGCGCAUUGAGGACUGUGCGGGAAGCCUUCAAACACUUCAAACUUUAGCUCUCCAAGCGCGUGAAAUACUAGAAAUUCUGAUUUCCAUAUCCACUUUACACCACAAAAAUUUCAACUAAAGUCAGAUUUGAUUUUGGCAUACUUACUAAGCAAGCAGAGCUUAAAGCACUCAGAAAUUCUCAUCAAACUUCGACCCAAAAUUUUCGUAGCAAAUGCAAAAGAAGAAUAUCCCAUAUUCGACUCUCUACAGAAACUCACACGUCGACAUCCGCGGAAACUUUUCCUACUCUUCACACAUUUUAGCCUCUCCGCACUGACCUCACUGGAUAGCAGCUAAUCAUCAAGCACUCGCGUACAAUGUUUCACAACUCCAUACAGGAGUCGAGACUAAACAAUGCGUAUAGAAAUAAAACGAUAUCCGCAACAACGACAACAACAAUUACAUCAACACCACGCACACAUGGCAGCAAUGCAAGCGGCGAUCGAAAUGCCUGUCAAACAAUCGAUAUACGCAAGUUGGCAGCAACAGCGGCACAAUUAGAAGCGGCCAGUAAUGGGCAGCGCAACGCAGCAGCAGCAACGGAAUCGACGUCUCGGGGAGCGUCGAAUGCAAAUACUACAAAUAAUUACAUCAACAGAAGUGGCAGCAACAGCAGUGGCGGCUAUGCAGCAGCAACACGAUCAAGGUUGAAAACAGCAGCGCAAACAGCAACAACUACUAGAGCAACAACAGCUGAAACUGUAACAAUAAUACCAAAUAAUCUAGCAACAAUAACAAGCACAGCAAACGACACAAGAAUGGCAUCAGCGGCGGCAGCGGCAUCGGCAAUGCGUCACCGAAUGGCGGCGGCGGAUAAUGGCUUGGGUGGUAGCAGCAGCAAUGCCGGUGGCGCGGUUGUGCUCAAUAUCGGCAAUGCAGGCUACCAGCAGGAUGCACUGCAGCGUCAUGGUAGCGCGCACAGCAAUAGCAGUGUCACCGGUGGUGGUCAGCAUCGCACAGCACGUGGCAGUGGGAGCGGGCGCAGUCGGAAUAAGCAAAGAAAACCAAGUUCCUCAAGUGCCAAGGGUGCUGUUGGCGACAGCACAACAAAAACUACAGCAAACUCAAAACCCAUAACAUCAACAACCAAUAAAAAUCCUACCAGCAAUAAGUCAAGCGCACCGCCAUCAACAGAAGUAACCACAGCGGACAGGUCGGUUCAGCGCUCGAGCAGCAAACGCAGCGUUGACAAGCCAGCCAGCAGUCAGCAACAGCAAAGCAGUGGUGCGACGACGUCGCAAAGCCGUUCACCGCAACCAAGUCGCCACACACGCCAAUCGCAGUCGUCCUCGUCACGCGAACGUUCACGCUCACGCUCGCGUUCGCGUUCACAACAGCGCAGCGAUGAAGAGCGCGUCCCGCGCAACGAAGUUCGCGACGAUGCAGCAGUGAACAGCGCUCGACAGCGACGUCGUCACGGUGGUAGUCGCAAUUCGUUGGCAAGCGUGGAGCAAGGCCUUACCGGGGAUUCGGCCAAAAGGCGACGUCGUGAUGUUGAAGAAGAAGAGGACUCCUAUACCUCUUCGUCCGGGUCGAGUUGUAAUGGCUCGUGUAGUUCAGAUGAUGGCGAUUCGAAUAGUUCGACGUCGAGUGGUGAACCGAAUUUGCCGUAUCCAGGAUUUCCGGAAUUCUCUUUCAGGUUUCUCACGCAGAACUGGGUGUUGCGCAACUGGUGCUUGCGGCUCAUCACAAAUCCAUGGUUCGAGCGCAUCUCCAUACUGGUGAUUCUCUUCAACUGCGUGACAUUGGGCAUGUAUCAGCCAUGCGAAGACAAAAAGUGCUUGAAACCACGUUGCCAGGUAUUGCAGAUCUUUGAUGACAUGAUUUUGGUUUUCUUCACAAUCGAGAUGCUUAUCAAGGCGAUAGCGAUGGGCUUGUAUGGCAAAAACACCUACAUGGCAGACUCUUGGAAUCGACUCGAUUUCUUUAUAGUUGUUGCUGGAAUAGUGGAGUCUGUUACGAAUGUGGAUAAUUUAAAUUUCACUGCAAUACGGACGAUAAGAGUUUUGCGACCAUUGCGAGCGAUUAAUCGCAUACCAAGUAUGCGCAUUUUGGUCAUGUUGCUGCUGGACACGCUGCCUAUGCUCGGCAAUGUGCUGCUGCUUUGCUUUUUUGUCUUCUUCAUAUUCGGCAUUAUUGGCGUCCAACUGUGGCAGGGCAUAUUGCGACAGCGUUGCUGGUUAGACGGUUUACCUAUUGACAAAUAUCCGGACCUACCUCGAGAGUACAGAGUUCGAGUCCGUGUUAACUCGAAAAAUCAUCAUUUUCUCUUGGGAAGUGUCUCCAACUACUACGAAUUCUCCAAGGAGCAGGACUACAUUUGCUCGAAGCCUGGCGACUCCGGCAUGCAUUUAUGUACGGAUUUUCCACCCUAUAAAGUUGGCGACAUGAUUUGUACGAGGCUGGCAUCUCCCGUCUAUGAGGACAAUCUACCGACAAAUGAGUCCUGCGUCAAUUGGAAUCAAUAUUAUACGGACUGCAGGGAGACCGCUCAUAAUCCAUUUCAAGGGACAAUAUCGUUUGAUAAUAUUGGAAUGGCGUGGGUGGCGAUAUUCUUGGUUAUAUCACUCGAGGGCUGGACCGAUAUUAUGUACUACGUACAGGAUGCGCACAGCUUUUGGGAUUGGAUAUAUUUCGUGCUAUUAAUUGUGAUUGGUUCCUUCUUCAUGAUUAAUCUCUGCCUCGUCGUUAUCGCCACCCAGUUUUCCGAGACGAAAAAACGCGAAAUGGAACGUAUGCGACAGGAGCGCGCACGCUACACUUCCACCUCUACGCUGGCGUCCAGCACCAACAACUCAGAGCCGGCCACCUGCUAUGCGGAGAUUGUCAAAUAUAUAGCGCAUCUGUGGCGGCGUUUCAAGCGGCGCAUGUUAAAGAAAUACCAGCAACAGCAACGCAAAGAAGGUCUCCUACCCAACGCCGACAAUUUGACAUUCUCGCCAUCGCGCAUCAAAUGCCAUCACCCGAAGUGUCCCAAAUAUGGAAAUCGGAAGCCGUCGAGUAUACAGGAUCAAAUGAUCACCGUUAUGGUGCCAUUAAAUUCGAAUAAUAAUAAUGUGAACAACAGCAGCAACAACAAUAACAAUGGCGGUGGUAUGAAUGGUGGGCGCAAUCAACAAGCGGUAACAACAGCACCAACAACUACUUCAAUAUUGGUGCCAACGUCCCAAAACACGACAACAGCCGCAGCACUCACUUUACCCAUUAGCGCUACAACAACAACAAUAGCAAGUACAAUACUAACAAAUGGUGGUCAGUCAACCAACACUGGCUUGCCCAACAAUAUCAAUAGCAACAAUGUGAGCGUUGUCGGCCAACAGCAGCAACAGCAACAACAGCAGCAACACUCCUCUUCAGAGAAUUCUGUGCAAUCAUUGGAGCAUACAACGCGUAAUUCAAAUUUGAAAAAAUCGGCAAAUCAUUUGACACCGGAUGCGGCAAAACAGCAGACCCAGACACAGGGACAGGGUCAGCAAUCGGGUCAACAGAAGACAAUUUUGCUGAAAUUCCCCUCGAAUGUUGAUUCGGAGCAAUUGAUUCUGCAGUUGGGCAACUUGGGCAAGAGUAAUCCCUGCACCUCGGGCUUCCUCAGUCCGCCCACAUCGGCUAGCCGCCGUCCGUCGGUGAUGUUCAACGAAUAUGUGCUGCUCCAUACACCGCCCGCAAUUAGUGAAGCGCUAACGGUGGCCGGCACAACAACAUCAGCAAAUGUGGCGGAGAAGGGCGCUGUAUGUUCGUCGGAGAAAAUGACCCAGGCCGGUGAUGGCAGCAUUUGGCAGGUCAAUCUCCCCCAAACGAUCAACAGUGGCGGCAGCACAAUCACCAAUCCCUACGCCGAUUGCUCCGAACUCGGUAUACACGACGCGAUGACAUGUCAAGAGCUUUUAGCAUUUUCUGUGGCCUUUUCAGCGGCCCUGCCCACCGGUCAAAGUACACUGGAAUCGUUUUACACUUCGUUGGCGCGUUGCGAUCCGCACACCGCCGAAGCGUUGAAAAAUCAGCACAAUCGCCAACAGACACAGCUAAUGAAACAACAGCAACCGAACUCGUUGGUUAUCAGCGAACGACAAUGUAAACGAUUGGAUAACAACACCACCGCCUUGGCGGUUACUAGCAGUGCGGGCAACAAUACCGCCACUACAACUACGGGUCACUAUAUCGAAGACUAUUCAUGCUGCUAUGAUUUAUACCAGAAUGCUUUGUCGCCGCUCGGCGAGAAGAAGCAACGCUCGAAAGCGAUGAAAAUUCUGAUACGGAUUUAUCGGUGCGUAAUGCGUGUUUGCGGUGUGAUGCGACGUUACAUAAAGUUGCUAGUGGAGCAUAAAUACUUUCAGCAAGGCAUACUGUUGGCCAUUCUCAUCAAUACACUCUCCAUGGGUAUCGAAUAUCACGAUCAGCCCGAGGAAUUGACAGCUAUUGUGGAGAAGAGUAAUGUUGUCUUCUCAGCGAUAUUCGCUGUGGAGAUGCUGUUGAAAGUGAUUGCCGAAGGACCGUUUCGUUAUAUUGCGAAUGGAUUCAAUGUCUUCGAUGGCAUCAUCGUAAUACUAAGCGUCAUUGAAAUUUGUCAACAAUUUCGAAAUGGUAAUGGUGGCGGCGGUGGUGGUUCGGGACUCUCGGUAUUGCGCACAUUCCGCCUCUUACGCAUACUCAAACUGGUACGUUUCAUGCCCAAUCUGCGACGGCAACUAUUCGUGAUGUUGCGCACUAUGGACAAUGUGGCUGUGUUCUUUUCGCUGCUCGUUCUAUUCAUAUUCAUAUUCAGCAUAUUGGGCAUGUAUCUAUUUGGCGGUAAGUUUUGUAAAUUUGUGGACGAUACCGGACUCGAACGUGAAUGUACGUGUGACGAAAUAAUCAGGAAAGAACCUAAAUGUGAAUGUGAUCGCAAACACUUCAACAACAUUUUAUGGGCCACUGUUACAGUCUUUCAAAUUCUAACGCAGGAGGAUUGGAAUGUCGUACUAUUCAAUGGCAUGGAAAAGACAAGUCAUUGGGCUGCAUUAUAUUUUGUGGCGCUGAUGACAUUCGGCAAUUAUGUGCUAUUUAAUUUGUUGGUCGCCAUUUUAGUUGAGGGAUUCAGUUCAGAGCGAAAUGAACGUCGCGAACGUGAGCAACGUGAAUUGGUGAAAAAGCUACGCGAAGAGACAUUGGCCGAGAAUUUCAGUGAUGCUAUGUACGAUGAAUCGCGCAGCAGUGAAGCGGAUUCAUCAUCGACAAACGAAAGUUACUAUGAGGUACGAAAUCGUUGGCAUAGCGCCGAGGAUGUACGGAAACUACAAGACUCAACUGAGCUAAUUAUGGAAACGAAGAGUAAUAUGCAAAAGCAACAACAUCAACGUAUGUUAUUGCAGCCCACGCAAGACUAUCAGAUCAAUGAGAGUUAUUUGGGUGGUGUUGGUGUUGGUGGUGGCAGCAGUGGUUCGGGUAGCGGCAGUGGGCGUAAGUCCAGCGAUAAGGAUGCUGUAAGCAAAUUGUCAAUGGAAGAUGAUAAGAAUAAGAAUUUAAAAAAGACAUAUUCUAUAAGAGAGCGCCGCGGUGAUGGGUCACGCCUGCCACGUAUACGCCCAUUGCGUGAACCGCCCAUUAUUACUACAACCGCCGCAACGCCUCAAGAUUCGCCCAAUACCACACUCGAGGGCGGCAUGAGCUUUCGCGGUUGGAAUACCCAAGAUUUGGAAGCGAACGACGGUGGGGCUGGCAGCCAGUGCCCGGGUUCGCCGUCACUUCUCAGACCACCGACUAUCAUAAGCGGCCAACGUUCACUCGACGAAGGCAUUCCGUCGAUUGAUCUCAUACCACCAUCACCUGUACUAACGCACAAGCCAUUGAAUAUACUGAAUGCCAGCCAACUACGAGGAAGCAAUACUAACCUAAGCAGCUGUAAUUUAGUAUCUAACAAUAGUAGUUUACUCCCUAGUGCCCUAAGUAGCAAUAGUAGUGUGCAUAGUGUUGUCAUAGAUGAUAUUUCGAAGAAUUCCGAUGCUAGCGCCUCGGGACCGAUAUUUGUGCCAACAACGAUCUCGACAGUGUCCACAGUCAGCACAUCAUUACCAGCCGGUGCAAGUGCUGCUGGUAGUAGCGUUAUUGUCAAUGGUUGUGCUGGCGGCGGCAGCGCCAUAAGUAGCAUAGAACUAUCGCCACUUGCCGCCGCCGUUGUCGUCACCACAUGUGCUAUGUCGCUGACACCUACAGCGACCACCACAGCAGUAGCAGCAUCAACAGCAGGAACGGCAGUCCCACCCUCAACCCCCUUACUAGCCAGCAGCAAUGAAGCGACGCCGACACUGCCGCCUACAAACGCCUCAACGACAACAACAAUCAGCCCUUCGCUAACCGGCAUGCAGCGCAUACCCAGCCUAAAGCGUUUCCGACGCAGCAGUUCGAAACGAAAGAAGAAGUCUGCCGAUGCCGGCAGCGGCGCCGAAGAUGACGAACAGCAGCAGCUAAACAAUGGCAGCGACAAUUCAUAUCUGCUGGCGCCGCAUAGCAAUGGCGCUUCUAUGCGCUCCGACUCAUUUCUGAGUCCGGCGCGAACGCCUACAACAAGCGCCGCACUAACAGCUAACAAUCAGACUAGUCAACCCAAGACGAAAGACACAAACCGUCUUAGUCCGCAAAACUCGAUACGUCGUCUCUCCACAACACUCAGCAUUGGCAGUAUACCGCCGUUGGGUAGCCGUCGUGCCUCCGCUUGUAUCUUCAACUCGCAGCUGUAUCAAAAUCUUAAUCAGCCGCCCAAAUUGUAUGCACCCUCAGCUGCCCAACGACGCAUGUCUUCAUUCGAGUUGGCCUUCAGCAAAAGUUCCCAACUCAAUUUGCAUAAUUUGGAGGCGAAUAGAAAAUCAAUGUCAUACACGAACUCCAAACUCGAUUUGGACAAAUGGCAGAGAUCGUAUAUGAAUCUUCAAGAACCAGAUAUGUUACAACAAUACAUACAGGAGCGUGAGAAGCGCAAGAGUUCCAUUAGUCAUUACACGCGACAACAGCAACUGCAACAAAAGCAGCAAAAGCAACAAGAGCUCGAGAUACCGCAGCAGUCGAUGACGGAACAACAAUCGAUGACACAGAGCUCUGGGCGUAUGACAAAGUUGAAAAUACUCAUCGAACGACUGAAACCGACACACCUCACCGAGAAGAGGGAGACAUACUCGCUAUACAUAUUAGCGGAAGAGAAUAGGUUCCGUGAAAUGUGUGUGUGGUUUGUUAAUCAAAAAUGGUUCGACAAUGUUGUCCUGCUGUUUAUCGCACUCAAUUGUAUUACCUUGGCUAUGGAACGACCAAAUAUACCGCCAGCGAGUAAUGAACGUUUAUUCCUCGCCACAGCCAAUUACGUGUUCACAGCCGUAUUUACGGUGGAAAUGCUCAUUAAGGUGGUGUCGACUGGCAUGUUUUAUGGCACUGAUGCCUAUUUCACAUCCGGCUGGAAUAUUAUGGAUGGCUCAUUGGUUAUUAUAUCAAUCAUUGAUUUAUUAAUGUCAUUGUUUAGCCAAUCGAGUUCAAAGAUAUUUGGGAUUUUAAGGGUGUUUCGACUACUUCGUUCCCUACGGCCGCUGCGUGUGAUCAACCGCGCCCCGGGUCUGAAAUUAGUCGUGCAAACGCUCUUAUCGUCCCUACGUCCCAUCGGCAACAUCGUGCUGAUCUGCUGCACCUUUUUCAUCAUAUUCGGCAUCUUAGGCGUGCAACUAUUUAAGGGCACAUUCUUCUAUUGCGAGGGUGAAAAUCUUAAAGGCGUUCUUACAAAGACGGAUUGUCUCACACGUGGCUAUGAGUGGAAGAAUCGCAAAUAUAAUUUCGAUAAUCUCGGCAAAGCGUUGAUGUCGUUGUUCGUGUUGAGUUCGCGCGAUGGCUGGGUGAACAUCAUGUAUACGGGGUUGGAUGCGGUGGGCGAGGAUCUACAACCAGUUCCCAAUUACAACGAAUGGCGUUUGCUGUACUUCAUUGCAUUUAUAUUGCUCGUGGGUUUCUUUGUGCUCAACAUGUUUGUCGGUGUGGUCGUUGAGAAUUUCCAUCGUUGUCGUGAGGAGCAAGAGAAGGAGGAGAAAAUUCGUCGCGCCGCCAAACGUGCGUUGCAGAUGGAAAAGAAGCGUCGGCGCAUGCAUGAGCCGCCUUACUACAUUAACUACUCCCCAUCGCGUAUGUUCGUGCACAAUGUGGUUACAUCAAAAUAUUUCGAUCUGGCUAUUGCCGCUGUGAUUGGUCUCAAUGUAGUCACCAUGGCUAUGGAGUACUACGGAAUGGGAGAUCCAUUGGUGUAUACACUUAAAGUCUUCAACUACUUCUUCACGGCAGUCUUUAUACUUGAGGCGAGCAUGAAAGUAUUGACGCUCGGUUGGAGUCUUUACUUGAAAGAUAAAUGGAAUCAACUUGAUGUGGGAAUUGUAGUGCUCUCGGUUGUGGGCAUUGUACUUGAGGAAUGGAAGACUAGUAAAUUUCCGAUUAAUCCGACUAUAAUACGUGUGAUGCGUGUGCUGCGUAUUGCGCGAGUAUUAAAAUUACUCAAAAUGGCCAAGGGUAUACGUGCGCUGCUCGACACCGUGAUGCAGGCUUUGCCGCAGGUCGGUAAUUUAGGUCUGCUCUUCUUUUUGCUCUUCUUUAUUUUCGCCGCCCUGGGCGUGGAACUGUUCGGUCGGCUGGAAUGCUCCGAAAGGAAUCCAUGUCAGGGCUUAGGUGAACAUGCACAUUUCGCCAAUUUCGGCAUGGCUUUCCUCACAUUGUUUCGCGUAGCGACUGGCGACAACUGGAACGGCAUCAUGAAGGAUACGCUGCGAGAGGAGUGUGACGAUGAGCCCGAUUGCGUGCGCGAUUGCUGCGUUAACAUGGCUAUAGCUCCAAUAUUCUUUGUGAUAUUCGUUCUAAUGGCGCAGUUCGUAUUGGUGAAUGUCGUCGUGGCUGUACUGAUGAAACACCUCGAGGAGAGCCACAAACAGAUGGAAGACGAAAUGGACAUGGAAGUAGAGCUAGAGCGAGAACUUGUGCGCGAGCAGGAGUUUGAGAGUGAGCAAAAAUUGUGUCAGCAGCUGGAACAGCAAACGCAACCGCCGCCGCCAGCACGCCAGCUGAACAAGAUCAAAUCGUUGCCGAAGAACUUUACCUACAGCACGCCCUCGCUGGACAAGAAGUUCCCAAGCGUGUUGAGCGGCAUCGGUGGCAUAAGUGCCGCUGGCAUUGGCGGCCGCCGCCAGACCGUGCAAUACUUCAAUCAACCAAACGGCAUUAGUUUGGCCGAACUGGGACAAGGCACACAGGCUAGUGUCGGUGCAGGUGCUGCUGUUGGCAGCAGUGGUGGGUCUGGUGGUGGCGGUGGUGUUGGCGUUAGCGGCGCGCUUACCGCACCACAAGCGUUCAACGCACGCCUGAGCACAACAGCUGCGGAAAACAACUUUGAUACAAAACUCCAACUUCAACCGACAGCGGGUGCGCUGGGACGGCGUGGCCGUCGCAGUUCGACCGCGUUCCGUAGUAAACGCGGCCUGCUCGCCAAAGAACGCUCCCUCGAUGAGCAGGCCAUACGCCGACGCACGCUAGAAUCAAAGCGCAUGAGCUGUGACUCACUACCAUGGGGUGGCGAUAGCAUUGAUUUUCGGCGUGGCACAAUUUUUGAAAGUUUAGAGUCGGAUGGCGCCGGUAGCCCCUCGUCCACGUACGAUGUGCGCAGCAUACGCAGCGAAGACGUGGUAGCGACAGCAAACGCUACUGCACGCAGUAGUGGCGCCUCGGAUGCGCUCAGCAUUGUAAGCGCAAGCGUUAUUAGUGAAAAAACCACAACACCAAUUACUACACCGUUAGCAACAACCGCUGCAACGGCGGCACUGCCAAUCGGCGGUGCCUUAACAACCGGAUCAGCGUCACGUCGAACUUACGGACGCUCACUAUCAACCGAUCAAGCAACUAGCAGUGGACCGAGUAGUGGCCGCGGCACUAGUGGUGGAUUGCUGUCCGUACCGCGUAGCAUGCCACCACGUAGCCGAAGUGGCAGCACCAAACAGCUUUUCAAACAGCAAGCGCUCGACGAAGAUCCCGAUAUGGAUGAAAAUACGCUGCUGUUGCCGGUUGUCGUCGAGAGUAGCUGUGACGGCAACAACAGUGCCACCACAACCACUAACAACGGCAAUUGCAAUGUGCAUAGCAACGACAAACUUAACAAUAAUAGCUGUAACGGUGCCAAUAAUGCAAAUAUCAGUAGCAAUGGCAAUGGCGUUGUCGCUGUCGCUACGGCCAUGGAUCAGCUUGCGUUAAGCAAAUCUGACUCGGCCGAUAUAAUGCGCAUCAUUUCGGAGCGCAGACUCAUGGAUCAGCGUGACAAUAGUGGCAAUGAGGAUUCUGACUACAAAGAGUUGUUGCUGGUGAAAUCACCGCACUCCUCCGCUGAUGGCUAAAAGGAAUUAAAUACUAUAGGCUAAGAGUAGCGUACACAAACAAACUAACUAUUAUAACUAAAUAUACUAUGUAAAUGGAAUUAUAGGAAAUAUUUAUAUGUAUAUGUAUAGUGGUAGUAGAGUUAACAGAUUUAAUGAACUAAUGUUGAACAGCAACACAUAUUCAUACACACAUAAAAGAAUUCAAAGUUGCAUAGAAAGAUUUGUACAUGCCCAUUGAAGAAAAUAGAAGCUUCUGUUUUUGUUGUAAAAGUUUUUCCACUAACCACUGUAAAUGGAGGUGUAUCAUCGAAGGCUCGUAAUUAGAGGGUUUGUGUAUUUUUUUCCUUUUCUCGUUUUAAAUCAAAAGUGCAUACAAUCUGACGCUGUUUUGAGCAAACCAACGAAUAGUGAGCGGUGAUUCCUUCAAAUUCUCCUUCGCAUUCUGUACAUCGUGGUGCCAGUAGAAUGACAGUCUUCGAAUGCACUUCGACGUAUAGUUGUUCUCGUGAUGAAGCCCCAGUAGACAUAACUGCUCGAUAUAAGCAAGGAUGAUAGAUUACCAGAUUUGGUCAUCAGCAGGGGUGGAAAACGAAAUGGGGCGAGUGUCUUCGGCUGCCCCCCGGCUGCUACCCGCUCAUUUCACACGUAUUCACACACUCUUGCAAUUAGUCGGUGCUCAGGCAACAACGAGGUAACAUGAGGAGUGGCUGUGCUGAUUUUUUUGUAUAACACCAGCACAAUAUCAGUUUACCGCUGUCAUGACCUCUUUGCGUCAGUCAAUUAGCUGAUGCUUUCAAAUGCGUCGAGUGCCGGUUAACGGUCUGAUAUUGGACAUACCGUUUCCCACCAUGCCAUACAGGCAAGGACGCGAUCAGUUAUAUGACUUACAAAGCCUUCUUUAUCAGACGCCUAAAUUUUACUUAAAGCAGUUAUUUUCAUAAUUUUGUUCCAUUAUGUUCGAAUCCACCAUUAGAGAUUAAGAGCUACUUCUGGCUUAUUUCCUCUCUUCAAAGACAGGUUAAUUACUUUUAUUAUUUCCAUUCUUCAAGGAUCGGUUAGUCACUCAAAAUGUGCUCAGAGGUCUAGUCCACAUCGUGUCUUGGCAAGCAAACUCCACUGUUGAUGGUGGGGGAGCUGGUGGGCAGUCGUUGAUUAUAACUAAUAUACCAUUGCUGGCGAUAGUUUCCUCUUGUAUAUACCUUCUGCUCAAAUAUGAACGAGACGUUAUCAAUAAAACGGUCCGCGAAUGACAUAUGGCAAAAAUAAACUUUUCGUUUUUUGGUAGGACUGUUAUAAGCUUACAUGGCAAAUUUCAGCGUGAUAUGUCACAUAGUUGGUUUUCUGUGCUACUGUAAACAAGUCAAGCUCGAGUGUGUUCUUCGAAUUUAACGAUGGAAAUUCAAGUUGAACAAAGAAUUUGUUUGAAAUUUUGUUAUUCCAACAAAAUUUCGGCUUCAGACGCCUUAAAAAUGUGGCAGACAACCUAUGGAGACUCUGCUCUAUCGCGUGCAUGUGUUUUCCAGUGGUACAAAUCGUUCAAAGAGGGCCGUACAUCGGUUGAAAACUUGCCUCAUGAACGUCGUCCAGCAACAUCAGUAAACGACGAAAACAUCGGAAAAGUAAAGGAAAUUGUGCUUGAAAAUCGCACAAAUCGCAAAAUCGGUUAACGCUGAAUAUUAUUUAGUCGUUUUAAAGCGUUUGCGCGAGAACAUUCGUCUUAAAAGGAAGGAAUUGUGGGACAACAAGUCAUGGUUCUUGCAUCACGAUAAUGCACCAGCUCACACAUCACGUCUUGUUCGCGAUUAUUUGAACAAAAAUAAUGUUAAUAUCGUUCCGCAAGCACCGUAUUCACCUGAUAUGGCUCCAUGUGACUUUUUCCUGUUUCCCAAGCUCAAGUUGCCGCUCCGUGGAAAACAUUUUGAGACAAUUGAAGUCAUAAAAGGGAAUUCGAAGAACAUACUCGAGCGUGACUUGUUUACAGUAGCACAGAAAACAAACUAUGUGACAUAUCACGCUGAAAUUUGCCAUGUAAGCUUAUAACAGUCCUAUCAAAAAACAAAAAAUUUAUUUUUGCCAUAUGUCAUCCGCGGACCGUUUUAUUGAUAACGUCUCGUUCAUAUUUGAGCAGAAGGUAUGUCUACACAAUCACUGGAGACUUUUCUUAAAUGUUUAAAAUUAUUUCUGUUGAAGAGAUUCCGAAAGCGCUUCGCUGUAAAUUUUCCCACACUUUGAUUAAACUUGUUUCACAAUUCUCAUCACAAAUACUAACAAACACAACUCUGUAGAUACAAUCGUGGGCAUGUUGCAACUUUUAGGGAAUCUUCUGAGCUAUACGAAACACUAACAACACAAAUGGAAUUUUAGCACCAAACCAAUUAAACUACAUACAUUUCAAUACCGAAAUUCAUAGUGAAAAUAGUACAUUUGAAAAAAUAUUUAAAAUACAAUAGUUUUAGGAAAAAUGUUCAAAACUAUGUAUGUAUGUAUGCAUAUUAGACUAGUGCAGUUGUUUGUAUAUUUUUCGGAAUUAUGAAACAAAACAUUUCAUAUAGCAAAUGUAAAAAUGCAACACUAUAAAGGAACACUGUUAAAAAACUUGUCUAUAAAAAUCAUCAACUCUGUGAUUAGCUGUAAAAAUUACUGAUUAAAAAUCAUAGCCUCAAAAAAUUGAGUAUAAUUAUAAAAAAAUCCGUAGUUACGAAAUAAUUUUAUUUUAUUACAGUAAUUACUGUAAUAAGCAAAAUAUAGAGAAGUAAGCUGAAAAAACUGAAGAAAAAAUAAAAAAAAAACAAGAGAAAAAGUAAAAAUUUGUUGUCGAUUACUAAACGAAAACUUCAACUAGAAUAACUGUAAUAAACAUCUGAGCGCAGAAUCUUCCUAACCAGAACUAAGGGUGCAAGUUGUGCAACAAUUAGUAAAGAAAAUACUAUAAAAAUAUAAUAUUUUGUAUAAAGUAAAGUUUAGUUAGUAUGAAAAAGAAGCAUAAAAAAUUGUUAACAACAUAAAUUAAUUUUACAGUUAUGCAAAAAAUAAAAAAAAUAAUAAUCAAUAUAUUUAUAACGGUGAACCGACAGCUGAUGUGUCAUUUUUAAAUUGGUUUGUGUCUAGGGUAACUCAAAUAUAAUACUUGAAAUGUGCAGUUGUUGUCAACGAAAAACUAAUUAAAAAUGAUACAAUGAUAUGUAUGUAAAUAUGCAAUAUUAGCUUUAAGCGGUAAACGAUUAAAGAACAAAAGCGACUAUGAUUCAUUUAAGAGUUAUGAAGAAAUAUGAAGGAAAAAUGUAACUCAUAUAAGACUUUCCUUGGUCAAAACAAUAAAUCAAACAAAAUAAAAUACGGAAUUAAAUAAAAUAAAAUAAAAUAAAAUAAAAUAAAAUAAAAUAAAAGAAAAUAAAUUAAAGAAAUAAAAAUAAAAUUAAAAUAAAUAAAAUAAAAUAAAAUAAAAUAAAAUAAAUUAAA